CCAAAUCAACCAACCAACCCAUCGUCCCCGCCCCCGUUCCGGCUGGCAGGCAGCCGCUCGCGAACGCACAGGCGCCGACCCCACCCCACUCCGGCACUCCCCCGCUCCAUUCCCCACGCGCGGCAUUCCCAGAUCCCCGCCCGCGCCGCGGCAUUGGGACCGGCAAUCCUGUCUAGCGCCGUGCCGCGCGCGCGCCCACGCACGCAGCGCGCAAUGCGAGCCUUGUAGCCCCCGGAGCACGAACGGAAUCAAGGAGGCAUGCAUCCCAAGCCCGAGGCCGGGGACGCCGACGGGGGCGCCGCGGAGGUGGGGUCCCCGCGGUCGGGCUACUUCCGGCAGCGGAGCAUGCACGCCGCGGCGGCAGCGGCGGAUCCGGAGGCGGCGCGCCGGGCGCUCGACGUCGAAAACCCCCCUUGCUCCGCCGGCGGCGCCUGCGGAGCCCCGGGGCUGCGGCCCAGCGAGUCCGUCACCAAGCUGGAGUCGCUGGAGCGCGCGGAACGCGCCGCGCUGGCACCCGCCGUCGUGCUCAGGACCGGGUUCUACAUCCUGGUGUGGUACGCGUUCAGCACCUGCCUCACGCUAUAUAACAAGACGCUACUAGGGGACAAGCUGGGCAAGUUCCCGGCGCCGCUGCUGAUGAACACCGUGCACUUCGCGCUGCAGGCGGGGCUGUCCAAGCUCAUAAUCUUCUUCCAGCCCAUGGGACCUGACAGUGGCGUCGAGAUGGGGUGGAAGGAUUACUUCAUGAGAGUCGUACCAACUGCUCUAGGGACGGCGCUGGACAUAAACCUGAGCAACGCCUCUCUAGUGUUCAUCUCGGUGACGUUUGCUACUAUGUGUAAAUCAGCCGCCCCGAUAUUCCUUUUGCUCUUCGCGUUUGCAUUUAGGUUGGAAAAUCCUAGCAUCAAGCUUCUAGGAAUCAUAUUUGUUAUCUCUAUUGGAGUUCUAAUGACAGUUGCCAAGGAGACCGAGUUUGACUUCUGGGGCUUCAUUUUUGUGACGCUUGCUGCAGUUAUGUCAGGAUUCCGCUGGUCCAUGACUCAGAUUCUGUUGCAGAAAGAUGCUUAUGGCCUGAAAAAUCCUAUUACCUUGAUGAGCCAUGUUACCCCAGUGAUGGCCAUAGCCACCAUGAUACUGUCCCUAUUACUGGAUCCUUGGAGUGAUUUUCAGAAGAAUUCAUAUUUCGAUAACCCUUGGCAUGUCAUGCGCAGUUGCUUACUUAUGCUUAUUGGAGGCUCCUUGGCCUUUUUCAUGGUGUUAACAGAGUAUAUACUUAUUUCAGCAACGAGUGCCAUAACCGUGACUAUAGCUGGGGUAGUAAAAGAAGCUGUAACCAUUUUGGUUGCGGUAUUUUAUUUCCAUGAUGAAUUUACUUGGUUGAAAGGGGUUGGUCUUUUCACCAUUAUGGUUGGUGUUAGCCUAUUCAAUUGGUACAGGUACGACAAAUUCAAAAGGGGUCAGACAAGUGAGGAUGACAUCAAUUCACCUCAAUUUACUGGUGAUGCCAAGUACAUUAUUCUAGAUGACUUGGAAUAUCAGGAUGAAUUUGGGGAGGAAGAUACAUAAUUUUGUAAUACGGCGACUUUUAAUUGCCAUUUGGCGUGUUCAAGCCUGACCCAGUCAUACCUGCCUGUUGAAAAUAGUCGAUACUUAUGAAGUUUUCUCUGAAAGACACGCAUGAAGAACACAGCUAAGGCUGGUGUGGUUAUGCUAUGCACACCAAAAUUUGAUGUCAUCUGUGUGAGGUAUGUCCAUUGCAGGAUGGAUAUAACUCACAUCUUGAUCAAACAGUCAGGCUAACUACAGUGACAAACAAUGAGCCAACUCCAUCAUAUCAGAAUUCCUGUUUGGAGAAGAUUGGCGGUCGUUACAUAUUGAUAUGCAUGCUUAUAGUGGAAAUUGCUGAGGAUGAUCGACAUCUGAAUUCUUAUUCCUCUCUUUGCAUUAUUGCAGUAUGCACAUAUUCAUUCUUGAGCAUCUACAUUUUUGGUGCCCAGGUGUAUUCAUUCUCUACAGACGUCUCUUUGUAAGCGUGACCGUAGGAUACCCAACACGUGCUGUUUUCCCUAAAAACCAUAGGGAGCGGCGUUCAAUUUUACUUGUAUUUUGUAAAACUACUAAAUGAAAGAGUCAUUCCUCUUAUCCCGGUACCAUGACAUUUCUUGUGAUUGCUGUACUAUUUUACAGUUGGAAAUGAGAUAUAUGAAUGUACGAUUGUAAGGUUC